AUGAUCUACCUCCUCCACCGCCUCUUCGAGGACAAGAGGCUGACCUGCGUCCUCCUGAUGACCUGGAUGGUGAUGGUGCUGGCGAUCUUCUCCGAGCUCGGGGUGACGGACUCGAACUUCAUGACGCUUGGGCCGGGUGAGCACUCCAAGAUCAUGGGCGUGGAGAUCAACAGCUGGUACAAGUGGAACUGCGUCGCCGUCUUCACCUUCGUCUCGACCUCCAUUAACGACUUUGUCGGUGACGCUAUCUCCCCUUGGAUCCAGAACACCAUCCAGGACCACAAAACCAAGUUCCUCCCCUACUCGAAAUUUACCUGCAUCAUGAUCACGCAGAUCUGGGCGCUGUACUGCUGCGUCAUGAACGUCUUCGCGCUCUUCGUCAUGCUCUCCCAGGUCGACUUCCUCAUCAUCCGCAUCUGCGCCGACCUCAUCGUCAACGUCUACACCAGCCUGAGGUUCAUGAAGGGCAAGGUCGUCGAUCCCGAGCGCUACGCCGCCUGGAUCAGGUCCGAGGGACCGGGGCACACGCAGGCCCACUGCUGCCACACCCCCGAGCCCGGCAUCCUCCUCCCCUCCGUCGCCGUGAGACAGGAGCACGACGAGAAAGCUGCCGAAGACAAGCAUGCCAACGAGACCGAAGAGCCCGAGAGGAGGGGGAAGAGCAUGGACCGCCUGUUGGUUGAUAUUCACAAGCACCCUUAG